GAAAAAACAAACGUAUUUUGCAAAUGAAAUCGUACGAGGGGUCCUAGCCAGGGGAGAUGAAAUAGUCGUUAGGAAAGUUAGAUGCUUGAUGAAUUCGGGUUUGAAGUCGAGGGCAGAUAGAGGCGCAGGAUUUUGCCUUAGGGGACAGGAUUGUCCUGGGUGAGCUGGACUGGCGUUUGCAGACAGUGGCUUCGUCAGCCCCUCGCUGUUUGCAGUGUUAGCCUGACUCUCACGUGGGAUCAGAAGCUUGAAAGUAGGCGAGGGGAGAAUUCGUGCUUUAAGAGGCACUGCACUAAUAACGGCUGACGGCAACUGGCGUGCUCCACGGGUUACAACAAGGAUUUUAUGGCAGAACUUUGCCCAUUGGACUCUUAGAUUGGGGCAGGAGCAUUAAAGCAGUGGAUGCAUUUGCCAAAAGAAUGAAUUUGCUCUAGGCCUUAUGUGAGUGAGCGUAAACAAGCCCCAAAUCCAAAAAGCAUUGGUGUAGACCGGAAACCUUACUCCAGAUGGAAGAAAAAGCUGUUUCCCUAGGGUUUGUGUUCAUCUGACACUGGAGAACACUUCGGAGGGCUCCAAACGACUUUUCUGUAAGACUUACCGAUUUAUUUGGAAGGCAGAGAUACAGAGAGAGAAAGGGAGAGAGAGCUUCCAUCCACUGGUUCACUCCCCAGAUGGCCGAAGCCAGGAACCAGGAGCUUCCUCCAGGUCUCCCACGUGGGUGCAGAGGCCCAAGUGCUUGGGCCAUCUUCUGCUGCUUUCCCAGGUGCACCAGCAGGGAGCUGGAUCAGAAGUGGAGCAGCCAGGACUCGAACCAGCACCCACAUGGGAUGUCAGCACUACAGACGGAGGCUUAACCUUCUACACCACAGUGUCAGCCUGGCUCCAAAAUUCUUAGCACUUGGUAUAUAACACAGAAUCUGGAAGCUGUUCCCCAGGACGAAACCCAUUAAUUUGGAACUAGAAGACUUGUUUGCAUCAGACAAGAAGAUGAAAGAACCACCAUUAAAUGGGGAAUGUGACAAGGCAGUGGCAACACAGCUGGGACGCCUGGAUGAAAUUAAAAUGGAACCUGACAACGCGCAAGAGUAUUCUCAAGCCCAACAGCCCAAAAUUCAGGAGAAUGAACUGAAAACGAGCACCGCGUUUUCCGACAGUGCUUCACAGUUGACAACAGGCCUUCAACUUUCUCUGGCAUCAUCCGGCGUGAAUAAAAUGCUUCCUUCAAUUUCAACCACAGCUAUUCAGGUUUCCUGUUCUGGUUGUAAGAAAAUCCUCCAGAAGGGGCAAACCGCUUAUCAGAGGAAAGGGUCCACUCAGCUGUUCUGCUCCAUCCAGUGCAUCACGGAAUACAUCUCCUCUGCCAGCUCCCCGGCCCCCACCAAGAGACCUUGCUCAAACUGCUCAAAAGACAUUUUAAAUCCAAAGGAUAUGAUCAGUGUUCAGCUGGAAGAUAGUACCUCCAGCAAACACUUCUGUAACCAGUCUUGUCUUUCAUCCUAUGAAGAAAAAAGAAAACCAUUUGUAACCAUCUGUACAAAUGACAUUUUGACCAAGUGUAGCAUGUGUCAGAAGACUGUUGUUAUUCAGUAUGAAGUAAAAUACCAGAAUGUGAAAUUCAGUGUGUGCAGUAAUGUGUGCUUCUCCAAGUUCCACUCCAUCAACAAUUUCAUCAUGAACUGCUGCGAGAACUGUGGCGCGUACUGUUACACCAGCUCCAGUCCGCACCGCAUCCUGCACACGGAGGGGCAGCCUCAGCUCGGCGCCGCUUCCAGGAGCCUCACCACGUACAAGCAGAAACCAACCAAAACACUUACAUCUUUUCCUUGCAAAUCAUUGAAACCUUCAGAUGAAAUGAUUGAGACCACCAAUGACUUGGGGAAAACAGAGAUUUUCUGCUCUAUUAAUUGUUUCUCUGCAUACAGUAAAACUAAAAUGGAGUCUUCCACAGCAACUGUUUCCUUGAUGCAAGGCACUUCAACAGAGCUCCUUUCUCCAAAGAAAGAUUCAAUUCCAGUUAUAAGCAAUAUAGUGUCACUGGCAGAUACUCAUGCUACCCUGCCCGUCAUGAGUACUGAUGUCUUACAAGGUACAGUUUCUUCUGUAACAGCAAAUGUCAUUGUGGAUAUUUCUAAGAGUUCACCCAGUGAAUCAAAUAGUGAUGUUGCUAAUAGUGUGGAGCAGCCAAGCGUUUCACCAUCUGCAUCAGUGCUUAGUCAGCAUGCACUUGAUUCCAGUAUAGAAGUACGGAGAGAGAAGGUGUCAGACCAGGAUCCUGCAUACAGUGUGAAAUCUAUGACAGUCGCUGAUGGACUCUGUCACCCAAAGUGUAUACCCAAAGUACCAAAAAUUAGAGUGAAAUCACGAAAUCUUAAAAAACCCUGGUGUACGAAUUUGCAGCGUUUGGAAUACAGUAUUAAAAAAGAUGUGACGUUCUGUUACUCGUGCCAGUUGUUCUACCAAAAGAGUUUUAGCUAUGGCGGAGAGUCAUUUGCGACCCAAGAAAUUGCUAAUUGGAAAAAAAUUCUGGAAAAAUUCAGAAAGCAUGAAAAAAGUGAGAUGCAUUUGAAGUCACUGCAGUUUUGGAGGGAAUACCAGUUUUGUGAUGAAGCUGUCAAUGAUAACUUCUCUGUGCAUUCAAAACAGAUUGAGGGAAAUAAAAAGUACCUAAAGCUUAUCAUUGAAAAUAUUUUAUUUCUUGGAAAACAGUGUUUGCCCUUAAGAGGAAAUGACCAGUCUAUUUCAUCUGUGAAUAAAGGCAAUUUUUUAGAAUUGUUAGAAAUCAGAGCAAAAGAUAAAGGAGAAGAAAUAUUUCGGCUUAUGAACUCACAAAUUGAUUUCUAUAAUAGCACACAAAUUCAGAAUGAUAUUAUCGAGAUAAUAAAGACUGAAAUGCUGCAGGACAUUGUGAGUGAGAUCAACGUCUCCUCAGCUUUUUCAAUCAUUUGUGAUGAGAUAAGUGAUAGUGCCGCCAAAGAGCAGCUUGCCGUUUGUGUGAGAUACCCACAGAAGACGGCAAAGACGGUCUUAAUUAAGGAGAGGUUCUUGGGUUUUAUUGAUACGGAAGAGAUGAAUGGGACCCACUUACAUCAGACCAUCAAAACUUACCUGCAGCGUCUUGGGGUUGAUUUGAAUAAAAUAUGUGGCCAGGCCUAUGAUAGUACCACUAAUUUGAGGAUAAAAUUUAAUAAAAUUGCAGCAGAAUUCAAGAAGGAAGAGCCAAGAGCCUUAUAUAUACAUUGUUACGCACAUUUUUUGGACUUGGCAGUAAUUAGGUUUUGUAAAGAAGUGAAAGAGCUGCGAAGUGCUCUGAAAACUCUCAGUUCUUUGUUCAACACUAUCUAUAUGUCUGGGGAAAUGUUGGCAAGUUUUCGAAACAUUUGUAAGCUAAGUCAGAACAAAACAUGCAAAAAACACAUAUCACAGUCGUGCUGGACCGUCCAUGAUCGUAUGCUGUUAUCUGUGAUUGACGGGCUUCCAGAGAUUAUAGAAACAUUGGAAGCGCUGGUGUCAAGCCAUUCUUCAAACAUGAGUUUGGGUGAUGAACUGAGUGAUCUCUUGGCAUCUGUUUCCAAAUUCGAAUUUAUCUUUUGUCUGAAAUUUCUUUAUCGAGUGCUAAGUGUUACGGGAAUUCUUUCCAAAGAACUUCAGAGUGAUACCAUAGACAUUUUUUCAUUGUCUUCAAAAAUAGAAGCAAUUUUGGAAUGCUUAUCAUCGGAAAGAAAUGAUGUGUAUUUCAAAACCAUCUGGGAUGGAGCCGAGGAAAUAUGUCAAAAAAUAACCUCUAAAGGUUUUGAAGUUGAAAAACCUUCUCUUCAGAAAAGAAGAAAAAUUCAGAAAGCAAUAGAUCUGGACAACUCAGAAAGUGUGUUUUUUCCUACUUCAAUAGAAGAACAAUAUAAAAUUAAUAUUUAUUACCAAGGAUUGGAUACUAUAUUACAAAAUUUAAAAUUAUGUUUUUCAGAAUUUGAUUAUUGCAAAAUGAAGCAAAUUUCAGAACUAUUAUUUAAAUGGAAUGAACCACUAAAUGAAGCAACAGCCAAACAUGUUCAAGAAUUUUAUAAACUUGACGCAGACAUUAUCCCAGAACUUAGAUUUUAUCGGCAUUAUGCAAAGCUCAACUUUGUCAUCGAUCAUGAUUGCAUCAAUUUCGUCAGUCUCGGUUGUUUGUUUAUCCAGCAUGGUCUUCACAAUAAUAUUCCUUGCAUCUCCAAGCUGUUGUAUAUUGCUUUGUCUUGGCCAAUUACAUCAGCAAGUGCCGAAAACUCAUAUUCUACACUGCCUCAUCUUAAAACAUAUUUAUUUCGUACCAUGGGACAAGAGAGGGUUAGUGGCCUGGCACUGAUGGCUGUGGAGCAGGAAUUGGUAAAUAAACUGAUGGAGCCCGAAAGACUGAAUGGAAUUGUGGAAAAGUUUAUCAAUCAGAUGAAAGAAAUGUAGUACUUGGUGAUUUGAACUCUGGUAACUGUUGAAACGCUAGCUUAACACAUAACAGCUUUUCAGCAGAGCAUGUGACACACACAUUCACGUGGUUCCAACUCCAAAAGGCGUAGAGUGAUACACAGUGAUGCUCACUGGGUACUCAGAGCCUCCUUCCUCAAGUAUGACCUGUUUCCUAAAUAACUUUCUAGAGGCCUUCCCGAAAUAGCAAUGCACAGUGCACGCGGCUGUCAGCGUAGCCUUUCUAAGUACCGUGGCGUAUUUGAGAUUGCCCCAUAUCAGCCCGGAAAGUUUCUUCGUUCUUUCUCUCACCACUGCAGACUUCGUUUUCCGAGCGCACCAUGACCUAUUUGAGCAGUGCCUUCUGACACUUACUUGUUUCUAGUCUUUUGCUAUUAUAAAUAACACUUUAUUUAGUGACUUUGUACAAAAAUCAUAUUGCACAGGAGUGAGUUACUGUAAGAUACAAACUGAAAUUAAGGUUACUAGGUCUGAAGAUCUGUGUAUUUUUCUACUUGAUAGACUCUGGCAGGUUGCUUUCUAUAAGGAUUGUGCCAUUGUAUAGUCCCAGGAGUACAUGGGCGCGCCUACUAGUAUUUCCUCAAAUCUUUGCAAAGUGUUAUCAGAUGUUUGAUCUUUGCCAAUCUGUUAGCUGAAAAAUCAUUUUAAUUUAGAAGUUUGUAUUUUCACUUAAGAAUAGGAUUGGGUGUGCGCUUAUUUGAGCCAUUUGUAUUUCCUUUUCUGUGAACUUUAAAGUUAAAUAUUGCUGUCUUUUUGGUUUAUACAUUCCAGCUGAAUGACAAAUUUACUAAAUUACUUUAUGAAAAUGUGGCUGUUUUUCAAAUAAAUAACCCACAAAAAGGA